GUGCGCAUGCGCGGUGAUUCAACAACGUGCAGCCGACAAUACGCGCCAGUUACAGGACAUCGAAAGAGCAGCCAUGGCUGAAGACAGCAGCACCGAAUGCACGCCUCUUGACUUAAGCAUGAAGGACAAAACAACACCAAGUACAAGCCGUGACGGUGCCCAGGAGGCUUCAUCUACUUUGGGCGCAUACACAACGAUUUCUGAUGACACCUUGCAGUACCAGAGGAACACGCAGCGCAUGCCGAUGACCGACGAGACUUGCAACGUCGAUGAUGCCGCUGACAAUGACAGCACAAGUUGCCUGCCCCUGGGGCCCACCAGGAACAUCGAUAACGUGAGGCCCAGCAGAAGCCGCGCUGGCAUGGAGGAAGCAUCAGCCAGUUUUGAAGACGGCGCCACGUAA